UUAUCAUGACUGCGCUAAUAUAAAUACUUUGCGAAUGUCGCUGAUCCUGGGUUCUUGUGAGUCAAGAACUUUAAUCAGCACAUGGUAAGUUAUGCCACACAAGGCACAAACGAGAAAUAAAAAGACAGCAUUUGUUUUCCAAGUUAAUUUAUUAUUUAUUAGUUAUGGCAGAACCGCCGCUGAAUUAAUUACGAAGUUUCACUUACAUAGUUAAUGAAACGAAUUUUGUUCACUUUCUGUUUCAAAUUGCCAAACAGUUUGGUGCAAAGUGUAGCUGGGUCCAUUUUUGACUGACACUGCAUAAGACCUACCGAAUUUCCUUUUAAGUAUCAGAUACACCGUCUAAACCAAUCAGAGCUUCAACACACACACACACACGGGCUGCCAAUGCAAUGUCCAUGUUGAUGACAAAUAAGUUAAGCGCUUUAACUAUUACUUCCGUAUUGACGUUUGUAAAGCAGAACAAAAACAAGACAAUUAACCCAGAACCCGACAUUUACAAACAUGAAGGACUGUAAAAGUACAGUAACAAGCAACGAAGUCUACGUGGACUAUUUGAACUACUAUGAAAGUGCCUGGCCCGGAGGUAAACGUCUAGUCUGCAAGGACAGAAACGUGACAGAAAAGGCAAAGCAGUUCCUCAAGUCCGAGUCCAGCACAGGAGAGAGGUUCACCGUUUUUGGUUUUUAUAAAAUUACUGAAGAGUGCGUCAAAGCGAGUAAAGGGGGGUGUCGGGAUGUGCUCAACGGGCUGAUAAAAGCCACUGAAGUCCUAGAAAUGAUUUGUGUCAAUCUGUUUCUGUUCCCUUGGAGAAAAGAGAUCAGAUCGCUUAAGACCUUUACCGGGCCCUUUGUGUACUUCAUUCAGCCUGUGCUGCCGCAAGACGUCAUCACCAAAGUCCUAGAGUGGAUAGGGUACAAGCCAGAAACGGAGACUGAAUACAGACUGAGCAAGGACAAUGACUAUACAAGGGCCAAACAAAUCGGGUUCGAGCUGUUUCUGGCCAGGCAAGAAUGUGAGUGCAUGCUGGAAGCCAUGGCUGACAUGAAAGACUCUGAAUGCUUGGAAGUCCUUCAAAAACGAUCUCCAGAGCUUGGUGGGUAUACUGAGCGCUCUGAAAGUUUAAAAGAUGGGUCACAGCAAGGAAAGCUGGCCCUGCUUAUGGAAGAACAAGCACCAGUGGAAUCUGUUUUUCCUCCUGAAACUGCAUUAACACAAGGUGAUCAGGUGUCUUUUGAAACAGUGAGUGCUUUUGAGGAUUCAGAUAAAGUGCCACAGAAAGCAGAGUUAACCUCUCCUCUGCUUGUUUUAGACCAAUCCAAAGCAGAUAGAUCUACAGAAGUGAAAAGCACAGUUUCCACUUCUAUUGGUGAUGACAACUCCAUCACAGAUAUCUAUGCUGCCUAUCCUGACCUUGCUAUUGGCCAGAAACCCAUCUUCAGAGAAGCUCAGAAGUUAAAGAUCUCUGCACAUGAUGGUAACAGUUCAGAGAAUCCCAGAAAGCCUGACUUGGCCAUGGAAGCUUCCCAAGCAGACUUCAAUAGAAUUGACGAUCAGAGUGGCUCCCUAGCCAUUACCAUGUUCUCUGAUUCUGAAUUUCAAUAUUCUAACGAGAAGGAAGCAGGAGCAGAGACAGCUGCCAGCCCUACAUAUUUCAAAGACCCAAAAGGAUCAGGUUUGUUCCACAGUUCUUACAAAGAGGUUCAUUGCAAAGCGGUUUCUGAAAAGCAGUCAAACGUGGAUGAGUUCGCUUCAAUGCUUACCAACAUGAGGAUUAAGGAGUGUAAUGAGGAAGACCUGAAACACCCCAUUGAAGAGACAUCCCAGCAUGAAAACAGUGCCUUCAGUGAAUCUGUCUUUAUUAAUGUAAAGCAUCCUGGUUCACCCAAGGACUUGACACGCCAGAUUGUUUGUAAUCCCUCCCCAGUUUUGAUAUGCCAACUGCCUGACUACAGAAGCCGUGUGGAGUUAGUCUCUAAUGGGAGGCAAACAUUCUCAAAUGCUGAUGCUCUAGGACGCAUCACAGAGCCACCUCAGUCUUUCUAUAUCCCACCCAAAAGCCUUGAAAACCAACACCCCAUUGAAGAUUCAGCUGACUGCAAUUCCAACAACUUCUUUCAGUCAGAAUGCAACUACGGCGAGAACUGUCAUCCACCACUUGUUACCAGAGAGCCACAGCAACCAGACCAUGACGACAGCUAUGUUUUCUUCUCUGCUCACCGCUACCACCCCUGCGCUGACCGGAACGGCGAAGACGAACACACGCUGUACUCCAAAGCAUGUGCCGUCAGCCGACCACUUCUUUUCACACUGCGACCCACCAUGCAUCCACCUUGGAGCUAUGGCGUCGGAGGACAGUGCAACUGGAUGCGCCACUCGGGAGCGCCCUAGAACAUGUUAUUUUAACAAAACCGUUUCUGAUAAAAGCUUUUAAAAUUAUAAGUUUGUAUUUAUUGAUCAUCUGUAUAUUAUGAUUUGAAUACUGAAAUACUAAAUAGUAGAGAAUUAUAAUUUGAUCCUGUUUUUAUUACAUGAUGUUUUAGUGUAUCAGUUCAUAUCAGGGUUUACAGGUGUGGUUUUAUUUAUCUGUGGCAAUAAUGCAGACCAAGGGCUGUAGGGUAACAAAGAAGCAAAUGUGAUAAGCUUCAGGCAGAUGCUUUGUUUGAAGUUAAGCGCCCUGGCGUAAUUAAACUGGAUGAAAUCUUUUCAAUAAAUAUCUUAA